CGAGUGAGGGUUCCUCCCCAUCUUGGCUCCCGGCUCGGGGUCGGGUCAUCCCGUCCCCCGGUCCCCGUUGCUCAGUGCUGCACUACGAGAUCACUACCAGGUGCAUCCUCCGUAUAUGAUUCCGUCGUUGGUCCUUGGCAUAAAAUGAACGCCGACCUGCAGUGUCCGAGUGUCCCGCACCUUCCGCUAAGCUUUCCAUCCUCCUCUUCCUCGAUUUGCUGUUGCCUACUCGAGGGUUCCCCAAGUCUCCAAUAUGGCGACUUUAUCCACCGCCAUGCCUGGCCGCAGCCUACUACACGGCGUGAUAGCGGUCCUUCACGAGCACUCAUGGUUAAGCCUGGUGGCGUUCUUGGCACUUGUCCCUAUACUGACCUUCGUCACGACCUCGAUCAUCUCACUCCUCGGUCGAUACAGCAGUAGGGAUGGUCGUGAGCCACCGUUGAAGCCGUACUGCAUUCCCUAUCUUGGUGACCUCAUAGGGUACUCGAUGUCAAGAAAGAAGUUGGUGGAAGCGACCUAUCAUCGCUAUGGCGGCUCUAUGCCCCUUACCCUCAAGCUGGGCCCGGCCAAGGCAUAUCUUCUGCUUCAGCCCGAAUCGUUCCCCCCCUUGCUUAGGGACUCGAAGGCUUGUACCAACAAAGUCUUUUCCGUGCUGAUGAUGGAAUACGUCUUUGGUUCUCCUAAACAUGCAAUGCAUGUGUACAAGAACGACAACAGCGGUGUUGGCGCGACACCACUUCCCGGAACCAAUGUCCCGCCGCAUCUCAGGAUCUGGUUUCACCAGCACAAGAGCAACGGGCGCUAUCUCACGGGCGAGAAUCUUAAGCAGCUCAGCGCUCGCAUGUUGGAUUGUCUCUCGGCCGAGCUAGCCAAGACGGACCCGGGCAACCCCGUUGACUCGGGGGAGUGGGCGACAGUCCCACACUUUUUCGACUGGUGGGUGCACAAGCUAACAGCGGCGCACAUCACCGCGAGUUUCGGUCCCCAUCUCCUGAGACUGAACCCUGACUUUGUGGAGGAUUUUUGGACAUACCUCGGCGAGUGGCCCAGCAUCACCGGUUUCUACCCGCGCUGGCUCGCUCCGAGAGGCUACGAGGCGCGCGAACGGGUCCUGGAGGGCAUCAAGCGCUGGUAUGCCUUUGCGCGGGAGCACUCGGACUACCGCGCGACCGGGCCCAACGAUCCGGCCUGGGACGACUACUGGGGCAUGACAUGGCACAAGGUGCGUCACCAAUGGGGUCACGACACGGGGGAAUGGGACGACGAUGCACUCGCCGCCGAGGACCUCGCCCUCGUCGUUGCCGCCAACGCAAAUGUCCUCCCCAUGUGCUUCUGGAAUCUGAUGCACGUAUUCAGCGACGGGGAGCUGCUCGCCCGCGUGCAGGACGAGUACAAGGCCUGCAUCGUACCACCGCCUAGCAAAGAAUCUGGAGGCGGGGAACCCGAGCUGCCGCUCCGUUUUGACAUCACCAACAUUGUCUCGUCGCCGCUCCCGCAGUCCAUCUACGCCGAAGCGCUGCGCAUACACGUCGUCAUGUUCCACAACCGCUCGCCGAAUCUGCACGACUACCGGCUGGGCCCGUUCACGCUCCGCAAGGGCGCCGUGGUCACGCUGCCGUCCAUGAUCGCCUCCCACCGGGCCGGGCUCUGGGGGGAUGCCCGCACCGCCGGCGGCAAGCGACCCUUGGACGCGUUCUGGGCCGAGCGCUUCCUCGUGCCAGACGAGAAGGAGGACAAGAUGGCGGCCGACGACGGCGAGAGGAAGAUGAGGUUCUCCACCGAGGGCCUCGAGGGCGUGUGGAUCCCCUACGGCGGCGGCUCGUUCAUCUGCCCCGGUCGGCACCUCGCCAAGAGACUGAUCAUCGGCACCGCGGCCGUGUUUGCGGCCUACUUUGACAUGGAGACCGUGCAUGGCGUACCGCAUAUGGACGACCGCUUCUUUGGCUUGGGCACGAUGCCGCCCGCGGGCCACGUUCCGGUGCGGAUCCGCCGCAAGUUGGGCGUUGUCCAGCCGCUGCCCCGCCAGGGAAGAGGCUCACGGCCGAAGAAUGCGUGGUUCUCGGACGGACAGGUGUAAAAUAGGGGUUGACGCUUUCUUCCGAGUUGGUAUCUGAUUUCAACACGCCCUCUUGAGUUCUAGGUGAUGUACCCUGGGCAAGAAUGAUAAGAUCUCGGUUAUAUGACUACUAGUAUCCACCUUCAUACGAGUUUGAGUAGCAUGAACGUGUCCUAUGGUGGGAUCUAUGGUGCUAGCGAAUAAAAGACGCGCGAGAAGGAAAGGGUCAAUGCAGGAACUCUUCUUCAUGAGACUUUGAUCACUAUGUUCAGUGUCGGACUCCAAGGAUACAUCCACACCUCUGAAGGAGGUUGAAGGGGUCCAAUCACCGCCGAGCCAAAAUAGGAAGGACUAGUAGGUAG